AUGCUUGAUAGCAACAGUGCAAUUGUGUCACAAGCUAGUGCACAGUUUGAAAGUACAGGUCAAGGUUGUGCUAAGGGUCAAGAUGGUACUCAAGGUGAAGGUCGCACUCCAGGUCAAGGUAAUACUCAAAGUCUAAGUAAUGUGAGGUCUUCUGCAUGUACAAUUUCUGAUACAGUGUUGCAAUCAAUCUUGCCUGUGCAAUUACGUGUAAAGGGUAGUGAUAAUGUAGUACAAACUUAUGCCUUUUAUGAUACAGGCAGUACAGGUUGUUUCAUUAAAGAUAGUAUCAAGGAUCAAUUAAACUGUAAAGGUAUUGAAACAGCUAUCAAGUUGCAAACAAUGCAUGGGACUGAUAUGGUUAAAACCUUUAUUGUAAAUGGUCUUGUUGUUGCUGAUAUACAUGGUAAUAAUGAUGUUGUAUUGCCAAAGGUAUUCACACAAAAGGAUAUUCCUGUUAAUCAUGAUCAAAUUCCAAGGUAUGAAAUGUUAAAGGAUUGGCCUCAUUUAUCAAGUGUUAUUAAUAAGAUUCCAGUGUAUCAGCCAGAGUUAGACAUAGGAAUUUUGAUAGGUAGUAACUGUCCAACAGCUUUACAACCUUUAGAGGUUGUACCCACUUCAGGUUAUGGCCCCUUUGCAGUAAGGUAUUUGCAUGGAUGGACAGUUAAUGGGCCUGUACACGUUAAGGUUAGUUCAAAUGGGGUUUCAUGUCACAGGUUACUUGUAUCUGAUGUUCAACAUGUUACUGACUGUAUUACUGUUGAAAGUAUUAGGAAGUACUUUGAGUUAGAUUUUUCAGAAAGGGAUCUUGGGUCAGUUCCUGAUGAGCGUGGCUUAUCUUUUGAGGACAUAAGAUUUGUGAAAAGGUGCCAGGAUGACAUUGAAUUUAGAGAUGGUCACUUUCAGCUACCCAUGCCUUUCAGAGAUCUCAAUGUGAAUCUUCCUAACAAUAAGAAGCAGGCUGUUAGCAGAGCUAAGUGGCAAAGGAGGAAGAUGAAGAAUAGUGAAGAUUACAGACAGCAGUACACAGCAUUCAUGGACAAGUUGUUUGAAAAAGGCUAUGCUUACAAGAUCCCAGAUGAUGAGGUCAAUAAGAUUCCUGUUUGGUAUCUUCCUCAUCACGCAGUUUUUCAUCCCAAGAAAGGGAAGAUUAGGAUUGUUUUUGACUGUAGUGCCAAGUUUGAAGGUGUGUCAUUAAAUGAUGUUCUGUUACAGGGUCCAAACCUCACCAAUUCAUUGACAGGAGUACUCAUUAGAUUCCGGCAGGAGGUUUAUGCAUUCAUUGGAGAUAUUGAAGCUAUGUUCUUUCAAAUAAAGAUUCCACCUGAGAAUCAGGACUAUGUUAGAUUCUUGUGGUGGCCUAAUGGUGACAUCAAUCGACCUCUUGAAGAAUUCCGAAUGGCUGUUCACAUUUUCGGAGCAAUCUCAUCACCGAGUAUUGCAAAUACUGCAUUGAAGGCCACAGCAGACAAAGCAGAUGAGAAGUAUGAUUCAACUGUUGGCAGCACCAUAAGGCACAAUUUCUAUGUUGACGACUGUUUGAAGUCAUGUGCUGAUGUUCCUACAGCAGUGAAGUUGGUGAAGGAUUUGGUAUCUGCAACUGGUGAAGGAGGAUUUAGGUUAACUAAAUUUGUCAGCAAUUCAAGUGAUGUCCUUAAAGCUUUGCCUGCUGAAGAUUGUUCGGUUGAAAGUGACAAGUUUAAUCUUGACAUGGAGAGUUUAAUGACAAGAGCCUUAGGAAUGUUAUGGGACCUUAAAGAAGACUCAUUCAAGUUCUCAAUUGAGCUCAAGGAUAAUCCAUUCACCAGAAGAGGAUUGUUGUCAACUAUCUCAUCAUUAUAUGAUCCCCUUGGGUUGCUCUCUCCAAUCAUCUUACCAGCCAAGAAACUGUUACAAGAAUUGUGUCAAGUUGAGAGUCUGGACUGGGAUGAGAGGAUUCCAGAUGAGCCAGCUGAAAGGUGGCAACAUUGGAUACAAGGUCUUCAUUUACUGGAGCAGCUUUCAAUACCAAGAUGCUUCAAGUCAAGUGAUUUUGGUAAUGUGACAGGUUCAAGUCUUGUAUUAUUCAGCGAUGCAAGUACAGUUGGUUAUGGUGUUGCAGCAUAUCUUGUUCUUCACGAUGGAAACCAAGUUCAGUCAAAUCUUGUCAUGGGAAAAUCAAGAGUAUCUCCCAAAAAGGUGGUGACUAUACCUAGGUUAGAACUUACAGCUGCAACUGUGUCUGUCAAGGUUGCUCAACACAACCUGAAGGAGUUGGAGUUUACUGUUGGCAAGGUAGUGUACUACACAGAUUCAACAACAGUCCUUCACUAUAUUCAUAGCAACACUAAAAGGUUCCCUGUUUUUGUAGCCAACAGAGUCAGGGUUAUAAGGGACUACUCCCAGCCUGAGCAAUGGAGAUAUGUAAACUCCAGUGAUAACCCUGCUGAUGUGGCAUCAAGAGGUAUUAGUGUACAUCAGUUUUGCAGUAUGACGAAUGGUUUCAUGCCCAUCAUUUAUUUAUUGCAUCUGAUUAUUUGCCUUCACAGGAGUAUGUGUGUGCAGAUUGUGUUGAUGGUAAGAGUGAACAUGUGUCUGCGGUCACAAUUUCUGAAGAACAUCAUGGGUUUACAAGAUUGA